AUGGAAAAGUUUACGCAGUACAGCACCUUUUUUUACACAGCCGUGGGCAUAGAUCCCUAUGUCAGAAAAGGAGACUCUAAGCAGUCUACGCUGAGAGCCCGGAUUGUAUUUUUGGCUAACGUGAUCAACCUCACCAUCGUUGCAGUUUGUGAGAGCAUCUACGCUUACAGUGCGUUUCAGGAGAAAAAGCUUCUGGAAGCCGUAACUGUGAUGUCCUACAUUGGCUUUGUAUUUGUUGGCAUGAGCAAGAUGUUUUUCAUUCAGUGGAAAAAGACGGUUUUGAACGAAAUUCUGGAGGACUUGGAGGCGAUCUUUCCGAAGGGCAAAGUCCAAGAAGAAAAAUACGACCUUCCAAAAUAUCUGCGCACCUGCUCGGGAAUUUGCCUCACCUACGCUUCACUGUACUCUCUUCUUAUCUGGACCUUCAAUUUGUUCAGUGUCAUGGAGUAUUUGGUCUACGAAAAGUGGCUUAAAACUCGCGUCGUCGGCAAAGGUCUCCCAUAUCUGAUGUACGUCCCGUGGAAAUGGGAGGACAGCUGGUCCUACUACCCACUGCUUUUCUCGCAGAAUUUUGCAGGAUAUACGGCAGCUGCGGGUCAGAUUUCCACGGAUCUCCUCUUCUGCGCCGUGGCCACCCAGUUGGUAAUGCACUUUGACUUCCUCUCAAGCAGAAUGAUGACCCACAAGCUAAGUGGCAACUGGAAGAAGGACUCCAAGUUUCUUUCUGACAUGGUCAGGUAUCACGAGCGGAUCCUUCGUCUCACAGAUGUGGUCAAUGAUGUGUUCGGUGUACCACUGCUACUCAACUUUAUGGUUUCCUCGUUUGUCAUCUGCUUUGUGGGAUUCCAGAUGACCGUAGGGGUUGCACCGGAUAUGGUAGUCAAGCUUUUUCUGUUCCUGUUCUCGUCCAUGAGUCAGGUUUACCUGAUUUGUCACUAUGGACAGAUGGUGGCGGAUGCGAGUUUUGGCCUGUCGGUGGCUACCUAUAGUCAGAACUGGGUCCAUGCUGAUGUCCGAUAUAAGAGAGCUUUGGUUAUUAUUAUUUCUAGGGCCCAGAAUGUAACGUUUCUGAAGGCCACCAUUUUUUUGAACAUCACCAGGUCCAGCAUGACGGAUCUGCUGCAGAUAUCGUACAAGUUCUUCGCCCUGCUCCGCACAAUGUAUGCCCAAUAG